CACACGGCCACAUUCACCCACAGACCGAGGUACAGAACCAGGGGCACCCUCUGGCCCCUCCAGCAGCUGCCCAGCCUCGCAGCCCCAAUCUCGAACCCCUAACGACCCUCCCCCUCCAACGCCUUCCAACCCCUUUCCCCCUUGAAGGAGCUGAAAAGAGAAGAGAGAAGAGUGAGCAGAGAGAUUGGGAGAUUGAGACAGAGAGAGACAGAGAGAGAGAGAUAGACGGAGAUCUCUGGAGCAGACUUCAAGAUCACUUCCAUUUCUAUCUGGUUCUCGUCUGGGGGGGCCCUGGCCGGGCAGCCCCCCCACACUUCUCCUGCCCUGAAACACGGCUCUAGCCAACCUGCUCCGCUGCUUCACCUGCGACCGGCUCUGUGGGGGCUGCACAGCACCAGCCCCUCCAGCCCGCCAGGGCAUCGUGCUUCAACCCGUCAUGCCCAGCUGCGACCCCGGCCCAGCCCCUGCCUGUCUACCCACCAAGACCUUCCGAAGCUACCUGCCCCGCUGCCACCGCACGUACAGCUGUGUCCACUGCCGCGCACAUCUGGCCAAACACGAUGAGCUUAUUUCCAAGUCCUUCCAAGGGAGCCAUGGCCGAGCCUACCUGUUUAACUCCGUGGUCAACGUGGGCUGUGGGCCAGCGGAACAGCGCCUCCUGCUCACAGGGCUCCACUCGGUAGCUGACAUUUUCUGCGAAAGCUGCAAGACCACGCUGGGUUGGAAAUAUGAACAAGCUUUUGAGACAAGCCAGAAAUACAAAGAAGGGAAAUACAUCAUUGAGAUGUCACACAUGGUGAAGGACAACGGCUGGGACUGAGGGGCUCAGGCAGGCCAUGCCCUUCCUCCGCAUGCCCCACCCUCCUCACACACCUGCCCCACGGCCCUGCCAUGCAGUCCAUACCAGCAUGAGUACUGCCCCACCCCUGGGGGAAAAACCCGGCUCCAACCAACGCCUUCCCUGCCUCUACAUUACUCCCAGGACCCCAUUGGCACAGGGGUCUGGUAGAACCCCAGGGGUGUUCAAGGCAUAGGAGGAAGUGGGCAGCGGUCAGAGCAAAACCCAGAACUGGGGAGAGGAAAUGGUGGCGGUCCCUUGUUCCUAAGGCCUGAUAGAAGUGAUGGCAGGGAGUGAAUUCAGGCAGAAAGGACCUUAGGAGGGGGAAAAAAAAAAAAAAGAACAAGAUGAAUAUUGGGUGCUGAGGCUAGAAGAUCCUAAGCCAUUGAUUAGCAGAGAGAGAAAAGAGAUCUUAGGCUCUGAAGUAAAAUUUUGGCCUCAGACACCAAGAGACUAACUAUACGAGACCAGGAAGGAGACCCAAAAUCUGAGGAUCUGAGGGAGGGGACGGUCAGUUUCCCAGACCGCCCCCACCUCCAUCUUUGAUUUUGGAGAAAGGACUCAGGUGUGUGGGGGAGGGGGAUGGGUGGAAGUAAAGACCCAAAUCCCAGACCCCGUUAAGUAAAAAUUACAGGGGUUUCAUUUCACUCUACUUAUUAGUUUACCUUGGCACUAAAGAAGCACUUUGGAGUAUCUAACCUUUGCCAUUGGGUGGGGUGGGGAAGGCCGCUCUGGAACAGCCCCACCCCUUUGCUGGCUGUUGCCAGAAAGCAGUCUUCUUGGGGUUUUCUCCAAGGCCCAAGCACUGCUCCCUGGGACCCAGUCCCCUGGGUGGGGAGGUGGAUCUUCAGUGGUACCGGGGCCUUUCCCGUGGCUGCCACCAGCGAAUGAAACUUUUGUAUGAUACAUAAAGUGUUUGGCUCUAUUUUUAAUAAAAAGGGGGAA